AUGGUGAAAAUGGGCUUUAACGAUAGAGCCCUAACUUUUGGGACAUUAUUCUCUGUUUUGUGCAUCCUCUAUUCAAUUUACAGAAGGGAUCCAACUGUUGACUUACAAGAAAGACUUGUCAGAGUUAUUAACGGUUUAAUACAAGUUGAAGAUCAACACAUUACUGUCACCCCCAAAGUUGUCAUUGGAUAUGGAGCCUGUGUUGAUUUAUUUGUCAAUGCUAAAGAUCUACUACCUUACAAGGAUGAAAUUGGAUUUCCAGAACAUUUUGACAAUAUUAACUCCAUUGAUGAAUUUUACAAAUCAUUUGCGUAUUUUUUUCAGCAUGGAGCUGCCUCUGAAAGAUUCAUGACAAAUUCAACACUCUUUGACACAUUAAUCAAGGAUGCUGAGAAACUUCCGGAUUCACGAUAUGAAAUUGGUGGCAAUGCUCCUGUAAUGGCCAUUAGGCUGUUUCAUGAAGGUUGCGAUGUGACUCUUGCUUCUACAUUGACACCGAAACAUUUGAAAAGCAUUCCGUCUGGUAUAAAAGUUGUGGGCGAGACUGUGACAAGGGACGAUAUUCAUUUGAUAUUGGAAUAUAAGGCUCAAGAGAAAUGGGGCCCAUAUACCGCUCCGAGGGCUAAUAGGUAUAUUCUGCAUAAUGAUCAGCACAAUCCGUACAUAAGGCCACUUGAAGCACUACAAGAGCAUCUCACACAGUCUUCACCUGACUUAUUUGUGGUCAGUGCCCUUCAAUUGAUGGACAAUUAUGGAUAUCCUGUUGGUGUUAGAACUGAAAGGUUGAAGAAAAUCAUGAAACAAAUCAAAAGUCUUCCUCGUAAAACUAAGAUACAUUUUGAAAUGGCUUCAUUUACUGAAGAGGCACUGAUCAAAAAUCUUCAGGAAUACAUUAUUCCUUAUGUUGAUUCUAUUGGAAUGAAUGAGCAGGAGUUGGCCAACUUGUACAGUGUGUACAAAUAUGGUAACAUCAGUUUUGUAUCUGAUUCUCGACCAAGAGUUGCUGUUGUUUUAGAUCAUAUGAGAAGCAUCUUUAAAAUCCUUCGAUCUUGGAGUCGUUUAACAAUCGGAACAAGGAGGUUGAAUAGAAUCCAUGUCCACACUUUAGCUUUCCAGGCUAUACUCACGACCAAAGAUUCACCCUGGAAGCAGAAUGAUGUAGCCGCAGCUAAAGCAUCACUUACUGCUUUUAGGCAUGUUUGUGACUCCUCGCAGGUAGAAGCUGAAAGAGCGACUGUCCUUAUGGAUGAUAGUUUCUCCCUCUCCCUAGCCGGAAUCGAAGGUAGGGUCUGGCUAAAGCCAGAAGAGACUCCUGUUCCAUGCUGGGAUGAAGGAGAUACCAACAUCUGUGUGGCGCCUGGAUUAGUCUGCAAGCAUGCUACAAAGACUGCCGGAGGUGGUGACAAUAUUUCUGCUGCUGCACUUGCUGUGCAACUUUAA